CGUUCGUUUAUCGCGCGUUUCUCACUCGCAAUCCGCUCAUUGAGCCGUCGUAUCCCUGGACAACGCAUAUUCAUCUCGACAUCUGCAAACCACUUUGUGAAUCAAAUGGAAGGAUUUAACCCGCAGGUAAUCAAUUUUCUGUUUUUCACACGAAUACUUGUUUGAACCCCACUUCUUUUUUGAAUUUUUCGGAUUUGUCAGAUAUUGUUAUUGGGCGAUUAUUUUUAUUAAAAUUUUAAAACUGAAAUAACUGAAGAAAUAUAAAUUACAUCGUUAUUCGUUUAAUCAUUCCCUUACGUUUUCCGAUAUUUUUGCUAUUAUGAACUCUGCAUAAUUACUUUGCAAUUUGAAUUUAUGAUUCCCGUUGCUUUGAUUCACAUUUAAUCUUACUUAUGAUACAGUAUUUAUUCAAUAAAUUGACCAAUUUCUUUUAUAUGAAUAUCGUUUUAUGCAUUUCUAUGAUAAUUGGCAUAAUUCAAGUGUUUCCUAAAUGUAUAUAAUUCUAUUUCCAAUCUUUGUUCAGCAAGCUACUCACACAACUUCACUCAAGAGGGAACGAAGCGAGGAUGAGGAAUGUAUGGUGUUUCUUUUAUUGAUGAUGUCAUAACAAUUAUUUAUGUCGUUUGUUUACGAAUUUUCUCGAUUUCAAUUCAUUCCUACGCAGUUUUUUCUUUCAAUAUCACAAUAUUUGUUUAAUCGAAUCGAUAAGCUGAUCACAAUACAUCAUUUAGAGUCUCUAAUCAGUCUGUUUUCAGAUUCGCUUCCCGCCAAGCGACCGGCUGACGACACGGAUUUGAAUCCGUUCAUGGAUGACAAUGAGGCCGUUAACGAGAAGUAUCCGAUUCCCGAAUCGGCUGUUGGAAUUGUAAUUGGUCGAGGGGGAUCCGAAAUUCAGGGAAUUCAAGCCAAGGCUGGUUGUCGUGUUCAAAUGUCACCAGACGCCGACCCAUCUUCUGGAGUCAGGAUGGUUACUUUAGAAGGAUCCCGUUCCAAUGUUGAGACCGCGAAACAUCUUAUCAACGAGGUCGUUGCACGUUCUCAAAAUCCUCGUCCUCAGUACGGGUUCCCCCGCGCCCAAACCACUAUUGACAUUGCAAUCCCACCAAACCGUUGUGGUCUGAUCAUUGGAAAGUCUGGUGAUACCAUUAGACAGCUUCAGGAGAAAAGUGGUUGUAAAAUGAUCCUUGUACAAGACAAUCAAUCCGUUAGCGACCAGUCCAAGCCUUUACGUAUUACCGGUGAUCCACAAAAGAUUGAACUUGCAAAACAGUUAGUUGCCGAAAUUCUUAACAGUGGAGGUGAUGGUAAUGGAGGAAGUGGCCUUCAGAUGCACCACGCUGGUGGUGGUGGUGGAGCUUCUGCUCGCGGAGAAGUUGUCGUUCCAAGAAGUUCGGUUGGUAUUAUUAUUGGAAAGCAAGGUGACACUAUCAAACGUCUUGCCAUGGAAACAGGAACUAAGAUUCAGUUCAAACCUGACGAUGAUCCGAGCACACCAGAGAGAUGCGCUGUUAUCAUGGGAACUCGUGAUCAAAUUUAUCGAGCCACGGAGCGAAUUACUGAACUUGUAAAAAAGAGCACAAUGCAACAAGGUGGUGGCGGAAAUGUCGCCGGUGCAAUGGUGUCGAAUGAAGCAUCGACUUUCUACAUGUCAGUUCCUGCUGCCAAAUGCGGUCUUGUAAUUGGAAAGGGUGGCGAGACGAUUAAGCAGAUCAACAGCGAAAGUGGAGCACAUUGUGAGCUUUCGCGUGAUCCAACUGGCAAUGCCGACGAAAAAGUGUUCGUAAUAAAAGGAGGGAAACGAGCAAUCGAACACGCUAAGCAUUUGAUUCGAAUCAAAGUCGGAGAUAUUGCACCGAACACUCCAUUCCGGGAUGAUUCGGCGAUGACUAUGCAAACACAGUUCUCAGCACCUGCUCAAAACAAUUUCGGAGGGCAACAACAAUGGAAUCCGGUAGCACAAAUUCCAGCAGCUGCGCAGAACCCAUACCAAGUUGGUGGAUGGCAACAAAACAGUGUUUAUGCUCAGCAAACGGCCGCGCCUGCUGCUGCCCCAUACGCUGCAGCCGGUAUCGUCCAACCACAGCAGCAAGUGGCAUAUCAACAACCGCAAGUAGUGCAGCAGGUUCAGCCUGCAACAACAGUUGCUGCCACGACGACACCUACCGUUGACCCAGUUACCGGCGAACAAGAUUAUUCAGCUCAGUGGAUGGAAUAUUAUAAAUCAAUUGGAGCUCACGACAAAGCUGAAGCAGUUGAAGCUCAGAUGAAGAAAAAGAAGGCAGAAGCAGCAGCUCGCGCGGUUGUACCAGGUGGACUCAUACAACAAAUGCCAAUGGGAAUGGCAAUGCCUCAAAUGUCAGCACAGGCUCGUGUUCCAACUCAAAAUUAUCCAGCUUACUCUGCUGCAGGAGCUGCUCCAUAUCAAGCACAACAAUAUGGACAAUAUCAAUAAUUAUGUUGCUUGUUUUCGUUUUGUUUCAUUUCAGAAGUUGAAUAUUUUAUUGCUCCAUUUUCCGAUACUCGUAUCAUCUUUAAAAGUUGGUAUUCAUAAAAAAAAUUUAACUGUAA